UCCUCUCCAGCAGGUCAGCCCCUAACCUGUACUGAUGCAUGCAGUUAUUCCCCCCAUGUGCAAGAUUCUACACUUACUCUCAUUAAAUCUCAUCAGGUUCCUCCCUGCCCAACUCUUCAGUCUGUCCAGGUGUUGUAGAAUGGCAGCACAGCCUUCUGGUGUAUGAGCCACUCCAGCUUUGUAUCAUCACAGACUUAAUGAGGGUGGCCUCUGUUCCUUCAUCCACGUGGCUGAUGGAGUCAGCUGUCAGAUUCACAGCAGACUUUUUUUGUCAUGUUAAAGUGCAGCCGUUCCCAAAUUGUCUUUUAGAAAAUGAAAACAGCAUCUUUCAUUCUGGAGACAAAAACACAACCUGUUCUACAUAAGUAUUUUUUUUUAACACCGGAGGAUCUUUCUUAUCAUCAGUGUGCUUUUUGUUUUUAUCCAUUUCCACAAGAGUAAGACACUCAUAGAGUCAAUGUCAAUUCUCAGAGAAUUCCCCUGGAUAGUUUUUGAAAGGUCACUUCUCCUCAUGCAACUUGCAGCGCAGCUGCCCAAAGCAGGCUCAGAUGUUGGCAGACCCGCACUGGAUGAGAAGUUGUUUCCAUGGAUAUGGUGGGGGUGUGCACUCUGCAGUGCUUUUGUUCGUUGGGUUUUGGUUUUGUUUAAUUACCCCUCUAGUUGAAUGUUUCCAAAUCCCAUUUUGUAGAGUGUCUGGGUAGGUUAUUUUGGUUCUACUUUUGUUUUAUGGUCUGUUUUAACUGCUCCUCUUUUCCUAAAUUGUAACUUCAGUUAGAGCUAUUGAACAGAUAUUUGUGGUGAUAUAAAUUGCCUGAGAGCCAUGUAUCUUUGUUUCAAUUGUUUUUUAAAUGCUUUUUUUAUUUUAUGAGGUGCCUCAGUUCACAGAUAGCUGAUGUUUCUCUGUAGCUCUUUUCUUUUGCAGUCACUGGAUGAUGGAUGGAGAUGUUGGCACACCGUGAAGUCAGCUGAAGCAGAUACUAAACUGUAUUCUAUCACUAUUGAACGUAUGUAUAUUCUUUUCACAGGGAUCACAUAAGAACUUUCAACACUGCUGAAUGUUUGGAAAGGGAAAUAUCACACCCUACUGGGAUCCUGUCUUUUCAGAGAGAGAACAGAUUGGUAACCACAUCAGGAAGAGGAGUCUUGAGGAGGUGUUGGAAAUCCCGAACAUCUCGGGGUUCUUUCCCUGGGAUAACGACACGCUGGCCGACUGGCAGAGCUUUGUGGGCAGGAGCCGACACGGAGCAGACUCGCAGCAUGUGGCGGCCAAAGCUCUGCUCAUCACUGCGUAUUCCAUCAUCAUCGUCUUCUCCCUUUUCGGCAACGUCCUGGUCUGCCACGUCAUCAUCAAGAGCAAACGCCUGCGCUCCGCUACCAGUCUGUUCAUCGUCAACCUGGCUGUGGCUGACAUCAUGAUCACGCUUCUCAACACGCCUUUUACACUGGCUCGUUUUGUGAACAGCACGUGGAUAUUUGGGAAGGGGAUGUGCCAUGUCAGUAGGUUCGCACAGUACUGCUCGCUCCACGUCUCUGCUCUGACCCUCACAGCCAUUGCCGUGGACAGGCACCAGGUCAUAAUGCACCCUCUGAAACCUCGCUUACCUAUGGCAAAAGGCAUUAUCUACAUCUCUGUAAUUUGGGUCAUGGCAGCUUGUUUUUCCCUCCCACAUGCUAUCUACCAAAAACUCUUUACUUUUGAAUACAGUGAGGAAGUCACUCGGUGCCUGUGCAUCCCAGAUUUCCCUGAGCCAGCUGAUCUCUUCUGGAAGUACCUCGACUUAACAACCUUCGUUUUGCUCUACGUCCUACCCCUGUUGAUCAUCUCUGCUGCCUACAUGACAGUGGCCAAGAAACUCUGGCUGCGCAAUGUCAUUGGGGAUGUCACCACUGAGCAGUACUUUGCCCUUCGCAAAAAAAAUAAGAAGACUAUAAAGAUGUUGAUGCUUGUUGUCAUCCUCUUUGCCAUCUGCUGGUUUCCCUUAAAUUGCUAUGUUGUCCUGCUCUCCAGCCAAACCAUCCACUCCAACAAUGCCCUUUACUUUGCCUUUCACUGGCUUGCAAUGAGCAGCACCUGCUACAACCCCUUCAUCUACUGCUGGCUCAAUGACAGCUUCCGGGCAGAACUGAAGGCUUUGCUCAACAUCUGCAGAAAACCUCCUAGCCUUGCAGAACAGAGGCUUCCCUCCACGGUCCCUUCUUACCGACUGGCGUGGCCUGAAAACAGCCACUUCAAGAGGCUGCAGGUCUCUCAUGUCCCUGCCUCAGCCUCCAUCAACCAGUUAGGAAAGAUGGACAUCUCUGCAGUUGAGCCCAUAGUAGCUGUGAGCUAAAUGGUGGCCCUGGGAGAUGGAUACAGACCACACAUAGGUUUGACUGGAUCUAGGCAGCUGGGAAGAUGUGGAACCUUGGCCUAAGCAGAGACUGUGCCAACUCCUGUGGUUGUACUGAAAAGUCCAACUCCACAGCUGGUAGUGUGAAACUGAUGUUAAUGGCGUGGAGACUCCAAAGGGAAGAAAGCAAAGCUGUGCCAGGAAUGAGCUUUCUUUUUGUCUUGGUCAAGCUGACUUUGGUCUGCUGGCCAAGAGGGAUUCUCUGCAUGUGCCUCUGUUAUUUGCAUGACCGAGUCUGUACCACUUGGGGCCAUUUGUGUGCUUUGCUGGUAUUUAAACACUGAAGCAGCAGUCUGACGGUAAGCCUCCCUCUUUUUAGUCGCUCAGUAGCAGCACACAGACAGUAGGGAUAUAGAGGCAGAGGUUGCUGGUUUGAAUUUUUUUCUCCCAUUUGUGAAAAUAUCUUCAAAGAGGUGGAGGGAUAAUAAACAACCAUUGGAAAUUAGAGCUGUCUUUUACAUCACAAGCACUCUUCCUAAGGUAGGGCUGAAAAAAAUGCGAUGGCCAUUUGUGUAAAUAGAUGGCAAACACCAACCCGUUAGCUCUGCAUCAGUUGCCUGUACCUUCGUGAAACAGGCAUGAAUAUUCAUAAAGCUUUAAUUCAAAUAGAGACCUAAAGCCUGAAAAUCUUGAAUGUAUUGUCCCAUCAGUGCUCCAAUCAUGGACCUAUUAAUCAGAGAAUCAUAGAAUGGUUUGUGUUGGAAGGAACCUUGAAAGGCCAUUGAGUCCAACUCCUCUGCAGUGAGGAGGACACCUACAGCUUCAUCUGGUGCUCAGAGCCCCAUCCAGCCUGGAUGAGAUACUUUUGUUCCGAGCAUCUCUAUGUUGUUACCAGGUGGUGACUGAAGAAUCCUGCAGUGUGACUUUUUACUUUAUUACUGUUGCUCUCUUCUCCUGUAAAGCACCUGAGAAUUUCUCAGAUCAGACACGUGGGAUAUUUCAUCCCAGCUAAGAUGUUCCCAAUGAUGAUCCCAACUAAGCUCACUGAAACCAGCUCAUAAAUAGACUGCUGUAAUGAUAUCUGUGAUAGCAAGUAAUAAAAGAUGAAGAUGUUUGCAAGAUAUCCUCUUGUGAAUGAGCAAUUUUAGUGCAUUUAAAGAUUGGUGAGACAUGUCUUUCAUGGACAGCCAUUAAGAAAUUGAUAUGACUGCAGCUCUCUGGUGUAGAUUGCAGAACUUAAUGUUCUUAGCAAAAAAAUACUAGAUUCUGAACAAGACAAGCAAAAGAGUAUUCAAAGAAAUGUUGCUUUUUAUUGCACAGGGAAACAGUCACUUUUCCUGUGCUGCAGCAAUAAGCCUUUGAUGUCACAUGGGAGUGCUGUUCCAAGUUCAGCUUGUGAGGGGCCAGUAGAGAAGUGAGAAAAAGCUUUGUUAUUAAUGGCUAAAAGUGUGAAGAAGAAAAAAGAAAAAAAAAGGAGAGAGAAAAAAUACUAUUCCCCAAUGUCCUCUAAUAAACUUAAAAUGAUUUCAGAAUUAGUCUUGUGUGGGUUUUUCGCACCCAAGUGCUUCAGAGGCUGCUGCCAUUCCUUAUCAUAGAAUCUUUAAUGUUGGAAAAGACCUCUA